AGGGCCUUUCACCAGGGUUCUUCUGAUGUACGGCUUCCACCAGUGUGAGGCAAAAGGAUGACCUUGUUUGGUGGGCAGGACACCUGUGAAAGAAGUUGCUGUGUGUGCGAAAGUGUGUGGGAAGAAAGAGCCACCUAGAAUGCCCCCACCAAGCCAGCCAGAGGUAGGUCUUCUCCAGGAGAGUUCCAACAGAUCCCUGAAUGCAACAGAAACCCUAGGUGCUUGGGAUCCAGGGAGCCUCCUAGCACUCAAGAUCUGUCUUGCCGUGGUCCUUUCCAUCAUCACAUUGGCCACAGUCGUCUCAAAUGCCUUUGUGCUUACCACCAUCUUCCUCACCAGGAAGCUCCACACCCCAGCCAACUAUCUCAUUGGCUCCCUGGCUGUGACUGACCUCUUGGUUUCCAUCUUGGUCAUGCCCAUCAGCAUUGUGUAUACUCUCACCCACACUUGGAGCUUUGGCCAAAUCCUGUGUGACAUCUGGCUGUCUUCUGACAUCACGUGCUGCACAGCAUCCAUCCUGCACCUCUGUGCCAUUGCUCUGGACAGGUAUUGGGCCAUCACUGAUGCCCUGGAGUACAGCAAACGCCGGACAGUGGGCCACGCGGCUGCUAUGAUUGCCAUUGUGUGGGUCAUCUCCAUCUGUAUCUCCAUCCCACCACUCUUCUGGCGACAGGCCAAAGCUCAUGAAGAGAUGUCUGACUGCCUGGUGAACACCUCCCAGAUCUCCUACACCAUCUACUCAACAUGUGGGGCCUUCUAUAUCCCGUCAGUGUUGCUUAUCAUCCUCUAUGGCAGGAUCUACGUGGCUGCCCGACACCACAUCCUGAAUCCACCAUCACUCUAUGGGAAGCGCUUCACCACAGCCCACCUUAUCACAGGUUCUGCAGGGUCCUCAGUCUGCUCCCUCAGUCCCAGCCUCCACGAGGGGCACUCUCAUUCGGCUGGCUCCCCUCUCUUUUUCAACCACGUGAGAAUUAAGCUCGCUGAUAGCGUCCUGGAGCGCAAGAGGAUUUCUGCAGCUCGAGAAAAGAAAGCCACCAAAACCCUGGGGAUCAUCCUAGGGGCCUUUAUUGUCUGCUGGUUGCCCUUUUUUGUUGCAUCCUUGGUCCUCCCCAUCUGCCGGGACUCCUGCUGGCUCCACCAAGCUAUCUUUGACUUCUUCACCUGGCUAGGCUAUUUAAAUUCCCUCAUCAAUCCAAUAAUCUACACUGUGUUUAAUGAAGAGUUUCGGCAAGCAUUUCAGAAAGUCAUCCAUUUUCGGAAGGCCUUCUAGUCUUAAUUAGAGGUGACACUUAUUAUCUUUUGUGUCCCGUAGCCUGACUGAGAUUGUCGUUUU